AUUACACCAUUCAACACCAAAGAGAAAGCAACCACACGCAAGGACGGGACCAGACUACUCACCGCCAGCCACUCAUGGUCAAUGUUGUUGACUACUACUACUACCUAGGUAGGGAUUGACAGUUACUGAGUUCCCCUCACUGCACCUGGCACCGGCACUCAGAUAAGCUUCACUCUGAAAUCGUCACUUUACACCCUCCAUAACAACUAGGAAGAAGACAACAAAAGGCCAAACACAAAGUCCACGGCCAGAGGAACAAUGCUGCCCGACCUGCCGCUGGAGCUGGUGCAGAUGAUCGCCGAGCAGCUGGACCGCGAAGCCGAUCUCAACGCCCUCGUCUGCACCACUCGAUCCCUGUACAGUCGGCUGAACUGGCGUCUAUAUCGGCUCAACGCCUACCGCCACCUGGUCCCUCCCGGUCUACCGUAUCCCGACGCCGCCGCCGCCGAGUCCGAGUUGCACGGCCAGUCCGCCAUCAACUGGGCCGCGCGCCACGGCCGCCUCGGGACCGCGCAGAAAUGGCUGAAGAUCGUGCGGCAGACACCGUGGAUGGACCAGCUGCCGGCGAUGAUGCGAGCGACGGUGACCGAGGCGGUGUUCCUGGCCGCGGAGCACGGACAGCCCGAGCUGGUGCGGUGGCUGCUGCGCGCGGUCCCGGGGACGGAGGUGAAUGCCGUGAGCGGCGUGCGCCACGGGGACACGCCGCUGCUGGCGGCGGUCCGCGCCGGCCAGCACAAGGUAGUGGAGCUGCUGCUCGGCUGGGAGGGGGUCGACGUGCAUGCGCGGAAUUAUUACCGGUGCAAUGCGAUCGCGCUGGCGGCGGAGGCGGACCAUGUGUCGGUGCUGCGGCUGCUGGUGACCCGGACGGAGGCGGAUGUGGACGCGCGCGACUACGAGGGCAGCUCGCCCCUGUGGAUUGCCGCGAACGCCGGGCACAUGCGGGCGGCGGAGGUGCUGGUCCGCGCGGGGGCGGAUCCCCAGGACGGGCUCGGGCACGGGCACGGGCCCGGCGAUCCGCCGCUGUACGCCGCCGUGGACAGCGGCCAGAAUACCCUCCUCCGCCUCCUGCUGGAUACGGGCCGCGUCCGGCUUGACUGGCCGGUCGACCGCCCGCCCGUAGUCCUGGCGGCCGUGCUCGGGAACGCCGUCGCGGUGGACUGGCUGCUGGCGGCCGGCGCGGAUCCGAACAGCCAGGACAUCCACCGGAAAACGGCGCUGUUCCACGCGGCGCUAGGGGGCGACGAAGCGGUCGUGGAGCGCCUCCUCGACGCGGAGGGGGUCGACGUGGACCUGCAAGAUUGUCAGGGAUGUACACCCUUGUAUAUGGCGGUCGUGGAGGGACACGUCUCCGUGGUGCGGCGACUGCUGGCCGCGGGGGCGGAUCCGGAGAUCUGCAACAAGCUAGGAUCGAGCCCGGUGGAUCUAGCACGGGCCAGAUCAAAGCGGGAGAUCAAGGCUCUCUUCCGGGUUACUUGAUGGUCUAGCGCGGCGGGAUUGGCAAACUGGACUCUGUUCACAGCAGUAAUGAUUUAGGCUUACUAGCUUGGAGCAUUGUAUACGAGACCUUGUGUAAGCCUUUAGGGAGGUCCGAUAACACUUAUUGAUAAGAGUGUGGUACCGCUCAUCCAAAAGUUUGUCGAGACCCUAAUCUACCCGAUUGUUUGUUUUGAAAGAAUCUUAAUUCCCGUUACAUCCCGAGAGAUGAGGUACUAUAG